UCUCCCACAUCAAAGCAUGUACGUAUCGCCACCACCCAAAACUGCAAAAACCAUUCUUUCCUUUGGUUUAGUUUAUGUAGCUACUGCCAUUGUGGUAGUCGCUAUUGUAGUUUUCAACACCAUAUUCCUAGAUCAACCAUCGUAUGAACCAGAUCAUUCUUCGUGUUCCUGCGAUUGUUGGGAUCGAAAAUUCAAAGGAGAGUAUUACGGAGCCACGCAAGAUUACAAAGCCGUUUACUUCAACAUGACAAGCACUACAGUUCUCGUAUUCUUAUGGACACUGUUUUAUAUAUUACUCAUUGAGCAAUUCAUUCGAAAAAGCGUUCAUCAUAUAUUAGAUCAUAGUGUACGGUACGACAUAUUGCUUCUCGCAAUUAUUGGUUUCUACGGAAACUACUACAACUGGUGGGCAACGUGGAAUUACUUGAACGACAGUUUUUACAUGAUGUUCACAACUCAAAUGUUCUUCAAUGUCACCGAGUUUAUACCGUCUUUAUCACUUUAUGUUCUGUUAGAUGAGGAUGCCAAACCAUCCAAGUUCUUGAUGCUUAUCAGCGCCUCCGUCUCCAUGGCUCAUCUCUUCUUGUCUCUGUCGGAUCAAGGGUGGUACCAUAUUGCGACGAUUACCGGAAAAAUCCAAAGAGAUAUAGCGUUUAUCAUCUCAGACUUAGUAUUGCUUUACAUCAACUUUAUGGAGCUGACAAAAAUGCGGAUAAUGAGAAGAGAUGUAUACUAUGUUCUAGCCACGAGUGCGCUACUCAUGGCUUUCUAUCAUUUGCUAGACUGAAGGAAAGGAAAUGGGCUUCAACAUCGAACGAUUGAUGCAUAUAGUUCAUUCCCUAUAGCCAAUAUGAAACGAUCAUCUCUGCCGUUGAAUUUGCUGCUCGGUAUGAAUCAUGACGUGCAGCACAGUUUAGAGAUCUUUACUAGUCCAAUUUUGUAAAUGAACCGCAGGGAAAUAUAAGUACCAAUGGAAUUAAAAUAUAUAGUUUAUUACUAUAGAUGAAAGCGUGUUAUUCUAUACGUAUGAUGAUUAAUUAGGCAUUGAAUGAGAUGGGAAUUUUUUAAAAAAAGUUAUUUGGUUUCGACGUCGUCACGUUGUUCGUCACUAUGAAAAUAUGUAUGAAUCGUAAGUAUACGUGUU